UGCACUGCCAGUGCACUGCUCAUUCAAAGGGAAAGGAUGGAGUUGGCGCAUACUCAACUUUCAUUUUCCGUAAGCGCCUCACGGUACUUCAUGACAAACGACGGCGCAUUAGAUCAAGUAUUCGUUCCUGUAUAUUUAGCUUUCUUUCAUACAUAAUAUGGAUAUCAGUGGGGUUUUCUGGUACCCCGUUGCUUGUUGAUCGACCACACUGCUCCGGCUACAGGACCAUCGGGGGGUUCAUUGAGUCGCCGGAGUAGCGAGUCUUCAUUGCAGUCUUGAGAAAAAAGGUCUUGGACGCGCCAAUACGGGAUAGUUUGGAAAUAUCCGUACAGAUCUAUACUUAUUGACUGCUGAAGAUAUAUGAGCAACAGGGAUGGUUUUGCAUUGCGCAUCGGAGACAAUCUACAAAUAACUGAUAUUCAUUAUGCCUUUUCGCUGACAUUGUCAUAGGUUCCUUUAAGUUUUUCCCGACAGCUACUGAGAAAGAUCCUGUGCGCACUGCGAAGAUUUUAAAAUCACAUAGUCUGCGACUUGAAUUCGGAUUAAAACACCGUCGGACCAACAACGUUGAGACCUAAAUGGGAUAUUUCUGCAUAAUUUAAUCGCUCUUUGAAUUAAAGGGAAAAUGUGCCAUUCAUCCAGUGUGAUGGGUACCCUCGGAUUUUAUUGACUUCGGGAACGGUCAUUUUUUGGGGGAUUUUUCCCGGGGACAUUGUCACAAGGGAAAAUGAAAGGAUCUAUCCUUCUUCUGGUUCUCCUCUAUGCUACAUUAAUUCGAAGCUUAAAGGUCGUAUCUAAGAGAGGUUCAGUGGAUGGCUGUACAGACUGGUCAGUGGACUACUUAAAAUACAAAGUUCUUCUUGGCGAGCCAGUGAGGAUUAAGUGUGCAUUGUUUUAUGGAUAUAUCCGAGCAAACUAUACCCAUGCCCAGAGUGCUGGCCUCAGUUUGAUGUGGUACAAAAGUGUGGGCCAUGGGGACUUUGAGGAGCCCAUCACCUUUGACGGAAUCAGGAUGAGCAAGGAGGAGGAUUCCAUCUGGUUUAGACCAGCUGAAUUACAAGAUGUUGGUCAUUACUCUUGUGUGCUACGAAAUUCAACAUACUGCAUGAAAGUGUCCAUGUCCCUAAUUGUGUCAGAAAAUGACACAGACCUGUGCUAUAACUCCAAAAUGAAGUAUUUGGAGAAAGCUGAAUUGAGUAAGGGGAAGGACAUUCUCUGUCCUGACAUAGAUGACUACAUCCAGCCUGGCAAGGAUCCAGAGAUUGUAUGGUAUAAGGAAUGUAAACCUAAACAGUGGCGACAAAGCAUUGUCAGAAGGAAAGACAUGCUUUCAAUUAAAGAAGUGAGAGAAGAUGACAUUGGAAAUUACACCUGUGAAUUAACAUUUGGAACCUUUCUAGUUCGAAGAACUACUGAAUUGUCAGUCACAGCUCCUUUGACUGACAAACCUCCAAAGAUCCUCUUUCCUGCUGAAAGCAAAAUUAGUAUCAUGGAGAUUCAAUUAGGGAGUCUGGUGAACCUGACAUGUCGAGCGUUCUUUGGCUACAGUGGCGAUGUGAGCCCACUCAUCUACUGGAUGAAGGGUGAGAAGUUCAUUGAGGACCUGGACGAGAGCCGGAUCCGUGAGAGUGAAAUCAAGACGCUGCGGGAUCACCUGGGAGAACAGGAAGUGUCCAUUUCUCUGACCAUAGAUGCCUUAGAAGAAGCUGACCUGGGUAACUACACAUGCUAUGUGGAGAACGGGAACGGCAGACGACAAGCAAAUGUCCUGCUCACCAAGCGCGCAGAGCUCAUGUACACAGUGGAGCUGGCUGGUGGACUGGGUGCCAUCCUCAUCUUACUCGUCUUCUUGGUCACGCUGUAUAAGUGCUACAGAAUUGAGCUCAUGCUCUUUUAUAGGAACCACUUCGGCAGCGAGGACGUGGACGGCGAGAACAAGGACUAUGAUGCAUAUUUGUCCUAUUCUAAAGUGGAGCCAGAACAGUGGAGCCAGGAGACCGGAGAGGAGGAACGCUUUGCUCUGGAGAUUCUUCCGGAUGUUCUGGAGAAACAUUAUGGGUAUAAACUCUUCAUCCCAGACAGGGAUUUGAUUCCCACUGGAAGUUUCACCAAUGAUCAUUUCCAGGACGACACAAGGCUCCUUAGAGCCUACAUCGAAGACGUAGCGCGUUGUGUGGACCAGAGCAGACGUCUGAUCAUCGUGAUGACCCCGAGCUACGUGGUGCGUCGCGGCUGGAGCAUCUUUGAGCUGGAGACUCGUCUGCGCAGCAUGCUGGCGACUGGCGAGAUCAAGGUGAUCCUGAUCGAGUGUGCCGAGCUGCGCGACACCAUCAACUACCAGGAGGUUGAGGCCCUCAAGCACACCAUCAAGCUUCUCACCGUCAUCCGCUGGCCCGGCCCUGAGGGCAGCAAGCUCGGGAGCAAGUUCUGGAAGCGUCUACGUUACGAGAUGCCGUUCAAGAGGCGCGAGCGUGCUCUCUCUCACGAGCUUUCACAUGAGCUCUCACACGAGCAGGCGCUGGAUGCCGGAGAGCUGCAGAGCGUCUCGGCCCUCUCCAUGGCAGCGGCUGCUUCAACGGCCGUGGCAACCGCGAGACCCGAGCUGCGCUCCGCCUUCCGCAACAACAGCUGCCACGCGCCACUCGGACAGAAACACUACUACCGCAGCUAUGGGUACGAUGUUCCGCCGCUGCCAACGCUGGGCACCCAUCACACCUACUGCAACAUCCCCAUGACUCUGCUGAAUGGACAGCGCACACAGGGCAAAGCACAGCGCACUGAGCAGCAGCAGCUGGAGGAGCAGCAUGCCAACAACGCCAUGUUGCCAUUGCUACCGCGUGAGACCAGCAUCUCCAGCGUCAUCUGGUGACGUCGAGCCGCGCCUGAAAUGUGUUUUUUUUUUUAGUCUUUACAUCCUUGUUUGUAGACACCUUUCCUAGUAACGUAAGAGAUAAGAAAAGAAGGGAAACGGAUCUUAUCGACUGCUGCUGCUGAACUUACUUUCACAGGCAGAAAUGAAUUAAGGAGUCCAGGAACACUGGUUGGGGUGAAAAACAGGUGUGAGGUCGAUAAACACACACACACACAAACACACACACACACACACACACACACACACACACACACUUAAGGAAUACAGGGUCUUGUACAUAUUUCCGAUUUCUUUGUAGCAUUUGGUAUUUCUUUCCGUUUCUUCAGUUUUUUUUUUUACAUUUGUUUUUAUUACCCAAAUGUUUUGUAUCUUAUUUUUUAAUUUUUUAAUUUAUUGUUAAUUAUUAUUAU